AUGUCAGAGGUUAUACCAACACGUUUCGUAAGUUUGGUCGGUCCAAUAUGUUUAGGUACAAAUUGGACUGCAAAUUUUCUUGUAUCAUUUAUAUUUCCUGUUAUGAAAGAGGCUUUAAAAGAAUAUACUUUUCUCGUAUUUGGCGUAAUAACCUUUUGUUUUGUAAUCCUUACCUGGAUUUUUGUUCCCGAGACUAAAGGAAAAAGCAUUGAAGAAAUAACUUCAAGAAAAUAA